CUGGAACUGAAAGUUUAGAAGGAAGUUUGGCGGGGAUGACGGGGUUGGGGCUCGGUAAGGCUUGCUACCUAUGGAAUCACUGAGCUCUGAAAUUUGACCUUCAGCAUGGAAAGUUAGGAGUUCAAGCUUGGAAAUGGUAGACAAGGGAAUGGUGCAGAAUAUCCCUGGCACUAACUGAGGCGUCUCUUGAUAGGGCUCUGUAUAGCAGGAUGAACACUUGUCGUUGGUGCACGCCUCAACACCAGUCAACUUCCGAAUUUCUACGCAGUUACAGUUCUGAGGUGCUCUCAUCAGAGGAGCUAAAAGCUGCCAAUGAAGAUCUUUGUUACUGCCUAGAAUGUGUAGUGGAGUAUCACAGAGCCCGUGAUGAACUUCCGGAGGCGCACAAGGUUUUGUGGAAAAUUGAGACCAAGCGUCUGGUAGAACACUUUGAAAGGACGCUAAAGGAGGAGGAGGAGGAAGAUGAUGACCUGUUCAUAGUUUUGGAUCAGCAGGAAAUUCAGCUCCAUGGAUGCAUGGCAACAAAUAUUGAGAAUGACCUUCGGGUCCCCAUCAUUGAGAUCCUUAAAUACCCAUACUUACUGCUUCAUGAGCGUCUCAGUGAGUUAUACGUUGAGGCCCUUACCAGAAUGGAACAAGGGAAUUUCUCCUUUCAGAUAUUUGAUAAGUAUCCUGGAAUCUACCUACUUUUGGUGCACCCAAAUGAAAUGAUCCGGAAGUGGGCAAUUCUUGCUGCCAGAUCUCUGGGAAAAGUGGAGCGGGAUGAUUUUUAUGAUCUGCAGGAAGUGAUAACCUGUUUAUUGAAAGUGAUUGAAUUGGAUCUUUUUGAGAAUACAGAUUUUUAUCACAGUUAUGGAAUGGAAGAGGGAAAAUUAAUUCUUUUACCACCCCAUCUUUAUGAUGUUACCAACCACAAAAACUAUUGGCUUGGUAUCUGCAUGCUGUUGAUGGUAUUGGAUGAACAGGCUAUGGAUUCAUUACUACUUGCCCCUGAUAAGCAGAAUGACUUCAUGAAGUCCAUUCUGAACACCAUGAUGAAAAGUAAACCAGGUGAUGCUUCUGAUCCAUUUUGGCCAGCUCUGCAGUGCUUCAUGGUAAUCCUUGAUCGACUUGGAUCCAAAGUCUGGGGGCACCUCAGUGACCCCACUGAGGCAUUCCAGGCCAUCAUUGAAAGCCAAAGUUACAAUGAUGAGAUAGAAAAAAUUCGCAAUUCAAGAAAUAAUACAAACGUAAAAUAUGAUCUGGAUGCUGAUGUCGAUGAUGAUAUGGUUUCAUGCAGCCAGAUUGUCUAUGAUUACAACUCAAGAAAGCAAAGCAAGAACGCAGGUGGGAAAUACACAACAUGUGGAGAAUAUUACCCGAGCAUGUAUGAUGAAAUGCAAAGUCUUGAACAUGUACUACAGUGUGACAUUGGACAAGACAUGCGUGUACACAACAGUACAUUUCUCUGGUUUAUACCAUUUGUCAAUUCUGUCAUGGACCUAAAGGAUCGUGGCAUUGCCUACAUUGGUGAAGUGGUUCAUCAUAUCUACUGUGAGAUAAAAGAUGUUUUGAAUCAGAAAGUUGAUUUCUGUGAUAAAGUGACCGAGUUCUUCAUUAUCAUCUUGGUGUCCAUCAUAGAACUUCACAGAAAUAAAAACUGCCUGCAUUUGCUUUGGUAUAGUUCACAGAAGUGGGUGGAAGCAUUGGUGAAAUGUGUCAGUCUUCCUGCCAGACUUUUUAAUCAAACCACAGAGAGAACAGCAACGAUGGGUAACUAUAAGGUCUCUUCGACUGUCUUUGCAGUUACGCCAUCUUCAGCAAACUCUCCCAUCACAAAUUCAGCACAACGAUCAUGCGUUCAACUUAUUCGUAGUUUUCUGCGAGAGGGAUGUCAAUCUCAGCAAAGAAGCAUAUUUCAACCGUUCCUCGACAAACUGAAUCUGCAAUUACGAAGCACUUUUAUCCUGGGCUGGCAGUUGAAUCUCAAAGAGCAGCAGGAUUUGCAGUCUUGUUUAAGACAGUUGGUUAAAAAUGCAAAAUAUAAAAGCUCUGAAGUGAAGCAACUAGACACAUUUGGAAAAAGAAGUGGUCAGCAGUGUCCUAUAAUUAAACGUGAAAAAGAGGACACAGGGGUUUGGGGAAAGAUGCCUGGAUAUUGUAAUAGUGGUCCUGGGCCACCAGAUCCAUUGUUUCAAAUGGAUAACAAAAGUUUACUUGCUCAGAAAAGUACAAUAAAUCAAGAAGAAAUGGCUGCUUGCAUAGGUCAAGAAGACUGGCCAAACAAAUCAUCUGAGGAUGGAGAUUUUCAAUGUAAAGCCAAAUCCCCCUUUUGUAAUGAUCGUACUUUCCUUAAUGAGACCAGAACAAAUGAAGCAAAUGUUUUGAAAGUUGGCAAGACUGAUGAAAAAUUGUCUUCAGGGGUGAGCACUGUGGAACUUUCUCCUCUUCCUUUAGAGACCGCUGGUGCUAAUGUAAAUUUUAUUGUAAGUUCUUUUCCCAAUGACAAUUUGCAGACUGAGCCCCUUGAAGAAACUCCAGGUAUUCACCAUAAAGGAAACUGGAAGCAAUCCAUGUUAUUAGAAUUCCAGAAAUCUUUCAGUGAUACUGCAACAAAGUCUGAAGCUGAAUCCACCAUAAGUAAUCAUCCUGCAGUAACGUGUCCAGCAGCAAGUGUCUGUGAUUUGCUUCAGAAAAUGGAUUCAGAUGAGACUCCAUCAUACAAGUUUAAAAUUGAUCCAAACAAACUACGUAAUCUGAAAGAUAAAAUGCAAGCAAUUAAUAUUAAAGGAAAGGUAAUGAAGACAAACAAUAGUAAAGAAAGGAAAUUAGAGGAUUUGCCAACUAUAGGAAUUGACAGUAGUCAAUUAGAUUAUAUUAAUAUCAGAAAUGACAACCAGAAUCCUGACUUUAGCAAAAGUACAAUUAAUGGCAGUUCUAGCAUAGAACAUGUGACAACCUCCCCUCCUCAGUUGUCACCAUUUUGUGACAAAAGAGAGAAGCUUCUAAAUUCUGAUAAUUUAAUACUUGGUCCAUUGUCACUCCGUAAAGUGAAUUCAAGCAAUGACUUCAAAGCUCCUAACCUGUCAAACCAAUCUCACCAGCAUACAAUCAAUAGCAUAGGUAGUGAUGAUAUUCCUUUAAAGAAGUUAAGGGCAAAAUUGAAGAAAGGGAUUGCGUUAACCAGGGUGGUGAAUACAGGUGAAUCAAAGACGAAUAAAGAUCUUGGAAUGCCCUUGGAAGUUACUUCUUUGGAUAAAAUCCAAGCAUUAAACAGAAUUGAUAGAAGAGUAAACGUUUCCCGUCAUGUACAAUUAUGUGAUUCUGUUCAGCAUGAGGAAAAAUCUGAAUUCAAUUCAUCUGUUGAAGAGCCAAGAACUAACAAGGGUGCUGAAGUUGAUAUCUUCAGUUUGCCCUCCACAAAAGAAAAUAACAAUAUGUUAGAAGUUGAAAGACCUGGAACAAAAAAUCAAGUAAGUGAAGCUUGUGGAACGGAGAUCACCAACUCACCUGUAGAAAAUAAAACAUCCCUGCAAGAAAUGCCUACAUCUAGCGAGCCCUUACCAACUCCUUUUGAAGAAUAUGAUUCACAGGUUUUUGAAUUUGAAAGUGAAGAGCAGGUAUAUUCUGUUUGGGAAGAUGUUCAGCCAAAUGAGCAAAAAGUUGAGGAAGUAAAGCCAGAAGACAAUGAUGAAUCUGAUGAAACAGCUGUUAAUAGCAAGUUUAAAGAAAAGCCAGUAGAAGGUGAUGUAUCUGAUAUACACACCAACAGUGAUGAUGCUGAUGUAAAUAGCAUGUUUAAUGAAUGGGGGUAUGAUACAGAUUACGUCCCUGAUGAAUUAAUUGAAAAAGUGGCUGAAGAGGUAGAAGCACAGUUGGCAGAAGAAAUAACAGCAAGUAAAACUGACAAUGAGAAGCAGUUACUGCUUGGGGUAAAACAAAUUUCCCCUUGCAAUUCUGCAGGUAACCUUCAAAAGGAGAAACAAAAACACAGUAAGAUUGCAAUAGGUCAUCAAAAUUUGACUGAUAAAAGUAAACACAAGCUUGCAUCUGCAAAAUAUAUGCCAAAUAAAAAGCAAGCAAGAAAGGUAACAGGUAGAGAUGAAAGUGUGAGAAACAAAAAUGGAAUAAGUGAAAAAUAUUUAUCCCAUGUCAGUUCUAGAAAAGAUUUGAACAAGUUCAUUUUGACUAAGCAAUCCACAAAUGGUAAUCUAGACCAGAAAGCUAAGAAAAAUAAUUCCAUUAAAACUUCAGACCAGAAAAGCAUCCAAACAUCAUUGCCUAAUACUUCUGAAUACUCGGUGAAGAAAAUGGUCACUCCUUCCACCUCGUCUCCAAAAAAAGUACGUAAAUGCCCUGAACCUACUUCAACUGUUGAAAAGCUCGGUCUCAAAAAGAAAACUCGUAAAGCUUUAGACCUUUCUCAAGGAAGCCUUGAUAAUCUGAACAAAUUACGUAAUUAUGGACAAGCAGUUGGCACCAUUGAGGACAAGUGCCCCAAGAAGACAAAGCUCAUUAUGCCACCAAAACUGUCAAUGACUAGAAAUUCACGUUUGCUGGUCUCCCAGGAUCGUCAAUACCUAAGACAGUCAAGAACUCGGCGACACAAUAAAGAAAAGAAAAAAAGUCCAUCUGAUGAAAUUGUUUCCCCAAAAAGAGCUCUGUCCUUUACAGAAAGGCAAGACUCUUCUAAUUCUGUUCAAACAAAUCAAAAGCUCCCAUCCACAUCAGUGGAAAAUAGCAGUAAUUCUAUUCACACUACCUCAGCUUCAUUUGAAAAAGAAAUAAGUUCAUCUUUAACUGAGAGAAACUUGUCAAGUAUAAAUGUAAGCGAUGACUUGAAUUUAACACAGCGUGAUCCUUUGGAUAUGGAUAUUAGUGAUGAAAGCCUGGAAGAUGAUCUGUUAAAUUUGACGCAGAGAGAUCCUGUAGAUAUGGAUAUUGAGAAUGAUACAACAGAAGAGGACAGCUCAAUAAAAUCUUCAAAUUCCAACUUGACGUAUUGCCACUAUACAGGCUGCACAGCUGUUACUGCAUCUUCAGAAAGUUUAUGUCAGGACCACGCUGCAAGCCAACCCAAGGAUGAUGUUUUUGCCAAGCCAGGAUUACCUCUGUCUGACCUGAAAAGCUCAAGACCCUCCACCACCAAACUCUUUGCUUCUAGCUCGACUUCCCGUAAUGCUCAACUUGCUACAGAAAUGGAGGCUAUCCCAAAGCGCCCAGCUGUAGCAGCUUCUAAAGUUCCGCAGUUUCAGAAGCCUGCAGCAGUAAAGUUCACUGUGCCACAGGCAUUGAGACCAGUCCAACCUGCAAAACAUGUGGGAACUAACAUCCUUUGUGCACAAAACCAAGAUGUGGAUUUUAGAGGAAGGCCAAGUUUUCCUACACCAGUUGCUGCAUCGCGCAGUAUGCAUGGAACUUUGCCAGCUGGGAGAUCUGCACGGGCUGCUUCUUAUGUUCCUAUGAUAGAUCAUCGUCAAAGGGACCCGUUUGAACUUAUCAAUUCAGUUCUUAAGUGGAAAUAUGAGAUGUUUGACAUGUUUGAUCGCUUUGGAGCAACUGAGAAUCUUUGUGAAUUUCCACUACGAGAUGUGCCUGAUAAGUUCAGGUCAUAUGAAGAAUAUUUUAACACUUUUUAUCCAUUACUGAUGUUAAAUCUGUUUGAACAGCUAGCUCAGAAAUUGAUGGAAUACAAGCAGACAAAUAAAAUGAUUCAAAACAAACUGAUGCUGAAGAACUACUGCAUUGAGGGCAGAAUAAAUCGGGCUGAAUUUCAAGCUUUCCUACAGAACAACGAACUUGUGAAACAAUUAUACCCAAAGGAAGAUGAUGUUGUUUUCCUCUGGCUGCCCCAACGUUACAACUACUACAUGCAAGAGGAAACUGAGACAAAUGAAGUGCUAAUUCCACAUAUAGCGCAUGUCUCAAGAACAUCACGUUUCUCGGGGCGAGAUUCCCGGACAACGCUUCAUCUUUCAAUCCGCACUCGAGGAAACGUUAGUGCUGUAGAGAACCAGCCAGUGAGGUGUGAUGUAAUUGGCUCCAUGGUGACAACCAUACGGCAGUUCAAAGGAUUGCUUUUUCUGGCCAAGUCUCCUCUAUGGAGGCCGGUUAUUUCGCCCCAUUACUCAUUUUUUGAGCAAGACGUCAUGGGCAGUACAAAGUGGAGUAAUGCUAAUGAUUACAAUGCGCAUCAGCAGAAAGCAAUUAACAUAGCAACGUCAAUGGUUAAACAACCAAGAAUUCCCAAAGUUUGUUUCAUUCAAGGACCACCUGGAACGGGAAAAUCAAAAACCAUUGUUGGGCUCCUGCAUCGUUUGCUUGAUGAGGAUCAAGAGAAUGAUAAACCAUCUUACAAUGGGAACAUGAGAGCUAAGCAUGCCAGGAUUCUUGUAUGUGCUCCAUCGAAUGCAGCCAUUGAUGACCUCAUGAAAAAAAUCAUUACUGACUUUAAGUGGAAACGCAAAGAUAAGGAUAAUUGCUUGGGAAAUUGUGGAGAUGUGAAUUUGAUAAGACUAGGCACUGAGAAAGCUAUCUCAACUGAUGUCAUAGGAUUCAGCUUGGAUCAUCAAGUAAAUCGUAAAAUGAAGAAGGACCAAACUGAUCCUGAUCAGAUUCAAAGACAAAAGGAUUGGUUGGAUAUGAAGCUGGAUGAACUGGGGAAGGAAUGUGCGAUCAUAAAAAAAGACAGUGAACAGAUGGAACUGGCAAUUCAAAAGAGGAGAAAAUUGGAGAGAGAGAGGGCGGAACUUGGACGCAAGCUAAAGGAGGUUCAAGGUCGAACACAGGACAUCCAGCUAAAAGUUAUUCUGGAAUCACACAUCAUCUGCUGUACUUUGAGUACCAGUGGCAGUACGCUUUUGGAAAUGUCAUUCCGAAAAUUGGGUCAUGAACCAUUUAGCUGUGUUGUUGUAGAUGAGGCUGGGCAGGCAUGUGAAACUGAAAUACUGAUCCCAUUGAUGUAUGGUUGUCCCAAACUAAUUCUUGUAGGUGACCCAGAGCAACUGCCCCCAACUAUUAUCUCCAUGAAAGCAAAAGAGUUAGGCUAUGGUCGAUCAAUGAUGUGCCGGAUACAAAGGUGUCUGCAAGGCGAAGUGAAUCAGAGCAAUUUUGGACGUGGCUCAGCCCUAUUACUGCUGACCCAGUACAGAAUGCAUCCUGACAUCUGCCUGUUUCCCUCCAAAUACAUAUAUAGCAACAAGUUGAAAACUGACGCAAAUGUAGAGGUGGAGCGGUGUCGGCUUAGCUGGCCUUUUCAGUCGUAUAUGUUAUUUGAUGUGACAGAUGGAUAUGAACGCAGGGAUAAAGACUCUUAUGCUAACCCACAGGAAGUGAAAUUGGUGAUGGCUUUAAUCAGUAUGAUUGCAGAGAAGCACAAGGGAAGUUGCCGUAAACUUGGAGUGAUCACACCAUAUAAUGCACAGAAACAGGAGAUCAUCAAUCAAAUUGAGCACGAAUGUAGAAAGGAUAGGCUUGAAAACGGCAGAGCAGUGCAAGUUGGUACAGUAGAUGGAUUCCAAGGAUGCGAGAAGGAUUGUAUUAUUGUUAGCUGUGUUAGGGCAAACAGUCUUCAGGGAUCUAUUGGGUUCUUAGCAGACCGGCAACGAAUGAAUGUUACGAUAACCCGAGCUCGUUUUAGUCUUUUCAUUCUUGGACAUUUGAAGACUCUUAUGGAAGAUAAAGACUGGAAUGCUUUGAUUCAGGAUGCCAAGAAACGAGGAGCCAUUGUGAAAACGCGUGAAAAGGAAUACAAAAAGGACUGUCUAAAAGUUACAAAACCAAGACCCGCUUACCACAGAAAUGUUUCGGAUCCAGGUGCAUAUGCAAAUGAAAGGGAACUCGUUCCUCCUCUCAAAAAAUUCAGGAGGGAAAGUUUGAACUUAAGUGUCGCUUCAAAUCAAUUUACUGACAUCAGCAAUGCAAAAGUUCCCAAGCAAUCGAUCCCUUCUCAACCAGCUGCACUGCAACAACCGUGUUGGCCUCAGGCUUCAGCUUCUGUACAGCCUGCGGCAUCGAGUACUGCUAGACAUCCACAGACAUCAGGUAGGUCAGAGCAAUCAUCUCACUAUAGACAGAAGGAUCCAAGAUUGGCCCGAAGAGAGGCAUUAUCCAUAGAGGUUCAGCCACAAUUAAAAACCGAUCAGUCUUUUUCAAAGUCAAGUGAUGCUUUGCCACCACAUUCAUCCAGUGGUAGGCACGAGACAACACAUGCUUCACACUUUGGACAGAUGCCAAGAAAUUCUGUUUCCUGGGCUGAUGAUGCUUCUACUUCCAAAUCGAGUUCAGCUUUUCCUUCUGGAGCUUCUGUGGAUAAAGCUGGUAAUGAUACGGCAUACAGGCUCAAUAAAUCUGUAAGUUCCAGGAGGGACAUAAGUGCUGAAAAAGAGAAAAAAUAUGAUGGACAACAAAAACGGAGAGGGUAUUGAAAUGUUUGUUUUUAAAAGUAUUCUAUUAAUGCUUUUGACUCUAUUGUCCUCAUACAAGGUUGGUGCAAAAUGUGCUUCUCAAAAUACAUAAUCAUUGAUUGGUGUAUAAACCAUGGGAUCAUAGAAUAUGGUGCAUUUGUUUGACAGUUUUAUUGCGGAACACCAUUUUGUAUUCUUGGCAUUUUUCCUUCAUGUUAUUUACCUGUUUUCCUUGCCCAAGCAGCCAGGUAUCCUGCUUUAGGACUUCAGUCAGUGUUCAUUUCUGACUGGUUGCCUGAAUGUGUGCAAAAGCUUGUGUGGUUCCUUAGCAGUUUCCCUCGUUGGAAUGGCUGAGUCUUUACAUAAAGGAGACGCAGACACUGGGCCAUUUCAGCUCAUGCACCAACAGCUCUAUCUGUGACAUAAUCAGUAUUUAAUGGUUGUUUUUAAAACAAUUCUCUGACAAAGCUAGAAUCUUUAGUUGUAACGUGCACAGUUCCAGACUGAUCUCAUUGAGUCAUUAGGUUUAAACCAUCAACCUCAUCAUGGUAUCAAGAAAGCCCCAGAAUUUUAACUGUUUAUCCAAUACAUUCUUGUAGCACAUUUCUAAGUGACAGAUUAUCUUUGAGCACUUUUCAGAAAAUUUGAAGUGUAAUGGUAAGUUAUAAGUGCACACCUUGUUCUUUCGCAAUUUAUUGAGAGUGGGUUUUAAUAACUGGCACAGGAUUAACAAGACUUGACCCUACCACCUAUUAGCAAUGCCUUUUCAGAAACUCCCGAUGUGAAUGUCUAUUACAUUAUAAAUUAUUUUACUCAAUGACAAAACAGUUUCAAGUAAUCUAAAUAAAAUAAAUUACUCAGAAAUGCAAAUAGAGGAAUGGUUGCUCUGUAAUAUUUGCAAGGUGUUCUGUCCAGCCACAAACAGCUUGUGACUGGCUGCUUAGUAAUUAUUAGACUCUAUAUGCAUCUGUUGAUUUAAAUUUGUAGGUAAUAUGUAUAUAAUUGUUAUUCCAAAGAUCAUCAUUGCAACUGGACAGUCAUUGUAUGUAUAAUUUUAAAGGUUCUAGUGUUUAAAGGAUUUGAAGAAUAACCUUCAGAGCAUUGUUUUUGGAAGUACCGAGGGGAUUAGUUAUUGAGAUAUAUAAACACUGAACAGUGAAUUUUUGUGCACACGUGUGUGAAAAUGUCUGAACUAAUGCAGUACUAGGAAAUACUGUGCUAUUACAAAAGGCACAUCACCUUCAGAUUCCACACUAAAGGUUUGGAAAGUUCCUUAAAAUGAUGAAUGUCAGGCUUACAGGUUUCACAGAGUAAUCGGGGCAGAAUUUGUCAACUUUGCUCAUUAUGCAAAAUAGUCCUUCAUCUUAAGAGUGAGGACUUUGUGACUUUGUUUCCCUUCUCAACUCUCCCAGUAGAAAAAAAGGUAGAAUAGUAUAGGUACUUUAAAAUAUAUUGAAUGUUUUCUUUGUUUACUUAAUAAAAUUGGUUUCUAAAAUUUCAUAAGCAGCGUGCGGUUAUCUAACUUCUAGAAAACCUGAUUCUGAGCAUUUUGCAGGUAAAAACAGACGUUGCUCAACUUGCUGUGUUUGAAUACUGUUUGUUCAUGAACCAAAACUGGCAUCAUUUAUAAAUCAUUUAGAUUGGACUACCCUUAGUGCAGAUGGGAAUGUGAUGUGAAUAGAAGGUAACAGGUUUUGAUCAUUCAAGUACUGUUUUUGGAGUUUAAGCUGUUUCAAGAUUUUCUUUAAGUACAAAGUGGUGUAAAUAUUUUGUAUGAUUUUCAUGACUUCCUUUAUUGCGAAAACACUGUAAAAUGUCAUUAGAUCCAAUGAUUUACCCUGUACCUUUACAGAUUUGUUGUCCAAAAGCUACAGUAGCCCAAAGAACAGACAUUUCUGCAGGUUUGACUAGCAUUGUUGCUAUGUUCCAACUCUGUCCAACGUAUCCAUUCUAAAUUUAAAAACGAAUAACAAGAAUAUUUAUAUGACAGCUUCCUUCAAACUUUAAUUUUAUGCAGUCUAAUAUCCGGAAAAGUGUAAAUAAUCUGACAUUGUCUUAGUUGUAAGAGUGCCAGAUUUUGGACAUCGAAUCUGUAUAGCUGAAUAAUCUGUAAUUCAUUGUAGCAAAUUUUAUUAACAUGAUGUGUUCGUAAAGCUGACAUCAAAAGUUAAUGAAAUUUAAAAGAUCAGUUCUGCUGUAUGUAAAUUCCUUGAAUUUAUUUGUACUCUACCCAUUUAUGAGUAGCAAUUUUUUUUAAUAUAUAAAAUAAAACACUUGUAUUUGG